AUGGGCUCUGAGCCGCAGUACGCCAAAUGGCCCUUGUUGCCAUUGAGCCAGCACGUCUUUACGCUCACGAAUCCCUACGCCGCCCGGCCUGCUAUCCAAGCUUCCACAAAAGCCCUCCAAGAUGCUAUCAGCGAGCACAAGAUGGCACCGCUUUACCGGUACCUGGCGCACCCGACCGAAGGCAUCCUGAACCCCGCCGGCGAGGGAACAGCUGCGUCAUCGCAGAAGUCCACAGGUCGCAAGCCCAGCACCGUUGGCAUGGUUGCUACCGGUUCUUCCAAGACCGCUAGUCUUCCAUGGGAUGAGGAUGUCUACAAGAAAUUGAAGGCCGAGAAUGACAAGGAGCUCGAGGAUCUGCAGAAGGAGGAGGACGAGGCUGUUGAGAAGGCUGGCGACACCGAGGUCUCGGCUGCACGAGGAAAGAGAGCAGAGAUUUAUGCUAGAGUUGGCGACAAGGACAAGGCGAUAGCCGCAUACGAGGACCUGUUCGAGAAGACCGGUAUACUAGGUACCAAGAUCGAUCUGGUACUCGCCAUCAUCCGUGUCGGCCUCUUUUUUGGCGACAAGUCAUUAGUCAAGAAGCAGAUUAUCAGAGCAAAGGCACUGGUUGAGAGUGGAGGUGACUGGGACCGUCGCAACCGCCUCAAGGCCUACGAGGGUCUCCAUCUGCUUACUGUCCGUUCCUACAACCUCGCCGCUCCCUUGCUCCUUGACUCGCUCUCCACCUUUACCAGCUACGAAUUGUGCACAUAUUCCAACUUGGUCGUCUACUCCGUAUUAGCAGGUUCGGUGUCCCUGAAGCGGGUAGACUUCAAGAGCAAGGUCGUGGACGCGCCCGAGAUCAAGGCUAUUCUGGGUGCAGAUGGUGAGGACAAGAUUCUUGCCCUGUCGGGCGCCAUCUCUGCCGGUCCUGGUGCCGACGAGGAUACUAGCAUGUCCGGUACAACCGCCAAGUCUGCCAGUGCUGCACCCAAGGGCACCACAGUCGUGAACCUGACUACCCUCGGCUCCGGUGCCGACCAAACCGAGACAGAAGCUGCUGUUGAUUUCUCGUCGUUAGCGCAGCUUGUCAACAGCCUGUACAACGGUCACUACAAGCUUUUCUUCCAGGCUCUCGCUCUCGUAGAGGAGCAGUUCUUGACGCAGGACCGCUACCUGCACGAGCACCGAGGCUGGUUUAUUCGUGAGAUGCGCCUCCGCGCUUACCAGCAACUGCUGCAAAGCUACCGUGUCGUCGGUCUGGAGAGCAUGGCAAACGACUUUGGUGUAACAGUGGAUUUCUUGGACCGUGAUCUCGCAAAGUUCAUCGCUGGUGGCCGGAUUCCCUGCACCAUUGACCGUGUGACGGGCAAGGGCGUUAUUGAGACAAACCGCCCCGACGAUAAGAACAAGCAGUACCAGGACGUUGUAAAGCAAGGCGAUCAGCUCAUUACCAAACUCCAGAAGUAUGGUCAGGCUGUGCGUCUACGCGGAAGCGAGCGUGCAUAA